AUGGCAAUAACCCAUGUGAUAUUCGACCUCUGUGCUAUGCCAGAGUACAUCGAGCCCUUACGGUCCGAGGCGCAAGCAGCCCUGAUCAAAGACGAUGGGAAGUGGCAGUUCUCUACUAUUAAAAGACUUCGCCGGCUAGAUAGUUUCCUGAAGGAAUCACAACGAUUAAAUCAGUCCACAUUUCUCGGAUUUGAUCGCAAGGUCAUGUCUCCCAUCGAGCUGUCCGAUGGCAAGACUAUCCUCCCACGUGGAGCCUCAAUCGUCAUGUCCGGAGGGCCUAUGGCACGGGACCCGGCAUUCUACAAGAAUCCUCAACAGUUUGAUGGUCUUCGUUUCUAUCGCCCAGAUGAGGACACUGCGAGCUCGACAAAUAUACAACAAGACUAUACAGGCAUCGAACCGGGCAAUCUCUCAUGGGGUAAUGGCAGGUUUACCUGCCCGGGGCGAUGGUAUGCAUCGGCAAUGAUAAAGCUAAUCGUAGCAAACCUCUUGCUCGAAUAUGAUAUUUCAUUUCCUCCCGGGCAGAUGGAACGACCGCCGAACGGGAAGUAUGAUACAGACGUACACCCGAAUUUCGAACAGAACAUUGUUCUGAGGAAAAGGGAUGUUGCCAAAUAA